AUCCGGUAGGCUACAGAAUCACUGACCUAAUGACUAUGGCGGAUGGUAGCUAUGACCCAAUGGGAUACAUCCAGACGGGUCGGCAGCAUCCUCAUUCGCACCAUCCGGUUCAUCAUCACCACCAGCAUCACCAGGAUGGCAGCACUGGCAGAGGGGCUGGCGGUGGCGGCGGUGGCAAUCCCAGCUGGAGAUUAGUACAGUAUCAACAACUUCAGCAACGUAUCCAGCAGCAACAGCAGCUACAAAAUCAACAGCAGCAGCAGUCGCAAACGCAACAACCGUCGCCUUCCAAUUUAGAAAACAACAACAACCUUCCAUCGGCUGCCAACCAUAACCUCUUUCGGUCGGAGCAGAAGAAACACAAACGGAAGCGACUCUCCGCGGUGCUGGAUAAGCUACAUCACAACGGAACUGCUGUAAACCACAAUAACAAUAACGUAGGAGAAGGUAGCUAUAAGAUAAAACGAUCGGAGUCACGAUCCAGUACCGAAGACUCGGCUGAAGAUGUAUUUCCGUAUGCGGCUAGUCCCCGGAUCAGCGUCAGCCCGCUACGACUGAACGAGUCCGACGAGAACAACAUGAAUCAGAUACAGAUCAAACAAGAACCUCAGCAAUUUUUGUACAAACAGCUGCAGUACAUGAACCCGCUGGCCCUGUUCAACUACUUUCCACAGCAAACGAAGCUUCUGUAUCAAGAGAUUGCCCGACAACGGAGCCAUUCGGAUUCCGAUCUGCAACAGAUCCCUCAGAAACAUCCGGAAACUGUGCCUGCCGCACCGCCAGAGCCACAAGAGCCGCAAGAAUAUCCCCUGGAUUUGUCCAUGAAGACAAAACUAUUGCACACUUCACCUAGUCUAGAGUCUGUGAUCAAGCAGGAACCGACGUUGACGUUCACUCCGCCACCCCAGCCGUUGCCAUCGAUUGUAAAAGGUGAUGUAGCGUCUAACAACACCAAAAAAUCAGCUGCUGCCUGCUACAACCUUAAUGUAUCACCCGUGGUGGAAGAAAUGCCUCCUGGAUCUGAUGUAGCAUACAUGUGUCCUGUCUGUGGUCAACUGUUCUCACUGCAGGAUCGUUUGGCUAAACAUAUGGCGUCUCGCCACAAAAGUCGCUCAAGCUCAACAGACAUCACUAAAUCCUACAUCUGCGAAGUCUGCCAACGAUCGUUCGCCCGGUCCGACAUGCUUACACGCCACAUGCGGUUACAUACCGGCGUCAAACCGUACUCUUGCAAGGUCUGCGGACAAAUUUUCUCCCGUUCCGAUCAUCUGUCAACCCAUCAGCGAACGCACACCGGCGAGAAACCGUACAAGUGUCCGCAGUGUCCAUAUGCUGCUUGCCGACGGGACAUGAUCACCCGUCACAUGCGGACCCACACGCGCUACGACUCACAACGAGGUGGAAGUGCCAGCGGAUCACCCGUCGAAAGCCCCUCUUCGAUGGACCAGAAAGCGUUGUUGCUGCCCUUGGUUAAUUUCAACUCAAACCAUGGCAGUACGCGGGCCCUCAAGAAGGAGUCUGCUUUCGCAACCAGCCCAGGCAGCUACGUUAUCGAAACAAAGACUGAAUCCUAAAAACUCACUCUCACUCCAAGGAGUU